AUACAAAGUUACAAACUCUUAACGUGUACACUACCCAUUUAUAUUGUGUUCUGAACCUUAACCUACGUUUUCUCCCUCGCACGAACGCACGCACGCACCCUUUCAUCUCAUCUCAGUGUUCGUUCUCACUCUUUUUCCUUCGUUCGUUCAUCAAUGGCUCAAAACUCAACUUCCGAUACUCGUCUCAACGCUAACUCUGCUUCUCCAUUGCAGAUCUCCAAAGAUGUCCAAGGCUCUGACAAUCCGAUUCCACUUUCACCACAAUGGCUUCUGUCAAAGCCAGGGGAGAAUAAAUCUGGAACAGGACCUAUGGAAAACCAUGUGAUCUCAAAUCCAUCACAUGGCAGUCGCUCAGAGACUGUUAAGAUAUCUGGUGAUGGAGAGGAUGCACAGAAGAGAAAGGACGUCUUUAGGCCAUCUAUGUUUGACUCAGAAAGUGGACGUCGUGAUCGUUGGCGUGAUGAAGAGAGAGACACUGAGAGAGACACCAAGUCCUCCUCCAUACGUAAGGAUCGUUGGAGGGAUGGGGACAAAGACCUAGGUGAUUCUCGGAAGGUGGAUCGAUGGGGAGAAAAUCCAGCUCCAAAGAACUUAGGAGAACCACGUCGUGCUCCAUCUGAUAGUCAUAGAUGGAAUGAUUCAGGAAACCGGGAAGGUAACUUUGAUCAGCGGCGUGAGAGCAAGUGGAACUCACGCUGGGGUCCUAAUGAUAAGGAUCCCGAAGGUCUUCGUGAAAAAUGGAGUGAUUCAGGAAAAGAUGGUGAUAUACAUCUGGAUAAAGGUUUGUCUCAUGGGAAGGAUGAGAAGGACGGAGAUCACAUUCGACCAUGGAGGCCUAACUUUGCACAAAACCGUGGAAGGGUAGAGCCUCCUCAUUCCCAAAGCACACCACCCCACAAACAAGGCUCUACAUUUUCCUAUGGCCGUGGUCGUGGGGAGAAUACACCUCCACCAGUCUUCAGUCCUGGACACGGCCGUGGUGUCUCUGGUGGUAGCUCUUUGAAUAGCACAUAUCCUGGAACUGCAUUAGACAAAGUAGAGAGUGGACAUGAAGAAAAUUGCCCCUUCAGAUAUAACAGGACAAGGUUGCUUGAUGUGUACAGAGUUACUAAUAUGGGCAGAAAUAGAAAACUUGUUGAUGAUUUUGUGCAGGUUCCGAGUCUUACACAGGAUGAACCAUUGGAGCCUCUUGCUCUUAUGACACCAAGUUCCGAGGAACUGUCUGUCUUAAAUGGUAUUGACAAAGGAGAGAUAAUUAGUAGUAGUGCACCUCAAGUGACGAAAGAUGGAAGGGGUUCGACAGAUUUUACUCAUACUAGACGUAUGAAGCCUGGAACCACUCCUCUUCAAGAUAGAGGUGAAGAUGGAGGUUCUUACAAAGUUGCCGAUGAGUUAUCCAGUAAUAGAGAUCCCUCCUUUGAAGGAAAUAGUUCUCUUCAUUCUGGUGCUGCAUGGCGAGCCAAUAGCAGAGAUGAACCUAGUGAUGUUAGACUAAGGAAAUCAGAUGAGAGUUCACACCACCCAAAAGAUACUCAAAGUCAAUGGGAAAGUAAAUUGGGUUUUGUAUCUGAGUCCAAAGAAGUAGGUAAGUGGAGCGCUAGUGAAGAUCCCGUUGUUAAAAGGCAGCUAUCUGGUGCUUUGGAAAGUGAACUUGGAACCAGAAGAGUUCCUCCGACUGCUCCAGAGGAGUUAUCUCUUUUGUAUAAAGAUCCUAAGGGUCUAAUCCAAGGCCCAUUUAAAGGAAUUGAUAUUAUUGGAUGGUUUGAGGCUGGAUAUUUUGGUAUUGAUUUACCUGUUCGUCUGGAAAAUUCAGCAGCUGACUCAUCUUGGUUUUCUCUUGGUGAUGUCAUGCCACAUUUACGAGCUAAAGCCCGGCCACCACCAGGAUUUUCUGCACCACAACCUGAAUUGGCAGAUAUAACUGGCCGCCAAAAUCCUGCUACAUUUGGAAAUGCUGUCACUGGCUUGAGUGAGGUUGAGAUGUUGAAAAGUGAUUCUAGACAUUGGCAGGGUCCUGAAACCGGAGUUGAAAAUAGGUAUCUGGAGUCACUCAUGUCUGGUAACAGGAGCAGUCCUACAAUUAACAACCUGGCAUUAUCAGAAGGUUUUCAAGGGUUUGCUGGAAAUAAUUCUGGCAAUCUGGGCCCAUCGGGAAUAGGCAAUCUGGGCCCAUCGGGAAUAGAUAGUGGAAACAACAUUUACUUGCUUGCCAAGCGGAUGGAACUUGAACGCCAGAUGUCCUUACCCAAUUCAUAUCCAUAUUGGCCAGGGCAGGAUGCAGCAUCCCUUGCUCCAAAAUCAGAUGUCCCAGAUCUGCAUUCAAAGCUCCUGUCUUCAGUGAGUGACAAUUCGCGUCAACCACAGUCCCAAAGUUCUGAGUGGUUGUCGAUAAUCCAAGGAUUAUCUGACAGGACAUCUGCAGGCAUAAAUAAUGGCACUGCUGGAUGGCCAAAUAAUCCCUUACAAGGUGGAAUGGAUCUCCUUCAGAAUAAAAUUGACCCACGACAUGAUCAGAAUUUCCCUCAAAUGCCAUUUGGAAUUCAACAACAAAGGCUGACACCACAAAAUCAGUUGUCUUUAAGCAAUUUAUUGGCUCAAACUGCGGAUAGCCCAGCCAGUUCUUUGACAGCAGAGAAGCUACUAUCUUCCGGUUUAUCACAAGAUCCACAAAUAUUGAAUCUGUUGCAACAGCAAUACUUGUUGCAGUUGCAUUCUCAAGCAGCUGCUUCAGCACCACAGCUGCCACUGUUAGAUAAACUCCUGUUGCUGAAGCAGCAGCAGAAGCAGGAGGAGCAGCAGCUGCUCUUGCGGCAACAACAGCAACAACUGCUUUCCAAAAUGUUGCAGGACCAACAGUCUACCCAGCUUUUUGGCAAUUCAUCUUAUGGACAGUUGCAAAGUGCAUUACCAAUGGGAAAUUUGCGUGUGGAUCCUUCUCAACUUCAACCCCCACAAGAGAUUUUUCCCAUGAGCUCCCAGAUGCCAAUUCCUAGUGUACACAAUGACCUUAGUACCGACUCUAUGAAUUUGCAUCUUAAAGUCAGCCAAGACACAAGUUAUACAGUUAACAGUAAAGCUUCAACUAUGCGUCUGCCUCACCAGUUAUUUGGGGAUACUGUUCCUCAGAAUAACUGGGCUCCUACUCUUGCUGAGCAAAUUAAUGAGAAUAAUAAAAAGGAAAUUGCAGCUCCUCAUGUUGAGAGUUCACUUGUGCCUGACCUGAACAGAUCCAAAGAGGAACCCCACACUGUGCAGGAUUCUGUUUUUGACCACAGUGCUAAGUCAUUGGAUCAGCUUCAGGACAGCGCCUUGAAACCUGACAAUGGUGUGAUACAAGCAAUUUCUAUGCCUUCUAUACAUUUACAGAGUGAUGCACCUGCUGUUGAUAAAUCUUCAGUAGGAUCUCGUGAGGUUGAGUUACCCCCAGCAAGUCGUGGUUCAGAUGCGAAGAUCAAAUCAGAUAUUGCACAUCAAGAGCAGCUGGCUGGAAUAGACAGCUCCAAUGCUGUGCAUGUUGAAACACAUGAACCCAAAAAGGCUACUGAGAAGAAAUCUAAGAAGCAAAAAUCUAGCAAACAAUCUUCUGACCAAUCAAAGGGAUUGCUAAAAAACACAACUUUGCAGCCAUCAAAGCGGUCAGAAGUUGAAAUCCCAAUUUAUAAUGAGUUGGGGGGAACAAACAAAGAUCAGAUUGAAGAAACUGAUGCCCCGGAGACAGCUGAAUAUCAUGAAACAGUCUUUGCGGACGAUUCUAAGGCAGUUUUUUCUGUUUCUACACACAAUGCCGAAGUUCCUGCUGGACGAGCUUGGAAACCGGCUCCAAGUGUCAAGGCAAAGUCUUUAUUAGAAAUUCAACAGGAAGAACAGAGAAAGGCACGGACAGAAACACUUGUAUCUGAUGUUACUUCUUCUGUCAAUUCCAUGAGUCUGUCAACGCCUUGGGCUGGGGUUGUGUCGUAUCCAGACUCUGUUAAGGUAUCUAGUGAAAGUCGCGGAGGAGACAAUGCAGGAACACCUGUUAAUUCUCAAAUUUCUCAGAAUCUGAAGAGCAAAAGAAGUCCGCUGCAUGAUCUAUUAGCUGAAGAAGUUUUGAAGAAAUCUAAUGAAAAAGAAGUGGAGGUUCCAGAUAGCACAUUGGCUUCGCAUGAUAUGGCCGUGCAUUCAGAAUCAAUAGAUGGUAGUAACUUCAUUGAGGCAAAAGAUACUAAAAGAAGUCGCAAGAAGUCAGGAAAAUCAAAGGGUUCCGGAGUUAAAGCCCCAGUUCCAGUUACGUCUGCUGAAGUGACCAUAUCUUCAAGCCCAAUUGAAAAAGGUAAAAGUUCCCGAUCUGCACUACAGGAAAAAGAAUUGCCUUCAAUCCCUGCAGGACCCUCUCUGGGAGACUUUGUUCUUUGGAAAGGAGAGCGAGAGCAACCUAAUGCUUCUCCUUCUCCGGCAUGGUCUACUGAUUCUGGUAGGGUUCCUAAACCGACUUCUUUAAGGGACAUUCUAAAGGAGCAGGAGAAAAAAGUUUCUUCUGCAGUUCCUGCGAGCCCAGUGCCUACGCCUCAGAAAUCCCAGCCUGCCCAAGCUAAUUGGAGUAGUACUUCUUCACGGUCAAUUUCAGCUUCAUCUCCAUCUAAAGCCGCCUCUCCACUUCCAAUAAACUCCCAUGCUUCAAAUCAAUCAAAAUAUAAAGGGGAUGAUGACUUGUUCUGGGGUCCAAUUGAACCAUCUAAGCAAGAAACUAAGCAAUCAGAUUUCCCUCAGCUGGCUAGCCAAGGAAGCUGGGGAUCCAAAAAUGUACCCGUGAAAGGUAACUCAUCGGGAUUAUUAGCCCGGCAGAAAUCAGCAAGUGGCAAACCAACUGACCGACCUCUAUCAUCAUCACCUGCCUCUUCUCAAUCGGCGCUGAAACUGAAAAAUGAUGCCAUGACCAAGCAUUCUGAGGCCAUGGGCUUCAGAGAUUGGUGUGAGAAUGAGUGUGUCAGGCUUAUUGGGACAAAAGAUACAAGUUUCCUUGAAUUUUGCUUGAAGCAAUCCAGAUCAGAAGCUGAGACGCUUCUUAAAGAAAACCUUGGAUCAUUUGACCCUGACCAUCAAUUCAUUGAUAAAUUCCUCAAUUACAAGGAGAUGUUACCAUCAGAUGUGUUGGACAUAGCUUUCCAGAGUAAGCAUGGUAAGAAAGUUAACGGACUUGGCGCUGCUGCCAUUGCAUCAGCUAAUGCAGAUAUACAGGAUGUGGACCACACUGAAGGAUCUUCCAAAGGAGGUGGAAAGAAGAAAGGCAAAAAGGGGAAAAAGGUUAGCCCUUUAGUUUUGGGAUUUAAUGUUGUGAGUAAUCGGAUCAUGAUGGGUGAGAUCCAGACUGUAGAAGAUUAAGAGUAAUUUAAGAUCAAUGCAGAAGGUUGUUGUGGUAGAUGUACAUACAUUUUGGUCGCAAACUGUAAAUGCCUUUGUUGGACUUGGGAUUUUUAUUUAUUUCCUACACAGACUCUAGCAGCAUUUUGACCAACAUAACCAAUUUUGUUCCCUUGAUUUAGUUAAUUUAGUUGCUUUGACGAUUCGUCAUGAUAAGACUGUCAUAUUUGUCGUAAUUCAAUUUAAUGUUCAUUUUAUAAGUA